AGGGCAAAACUCCAAAUCCCAGUACGCCCCGCGGCGGUCGGGUGCAGCGCCUGCUCUGAUCCUCCCUACUUUUCCACUCCUUCCCUUCUCUUCUGAAUCCUCCACUCGGGACCCCUGUCUGUGAAAGCCUUCGUCGCUCUCCCUACACUUUUCUCUAAUUUUUAACCAUCCUUUCCCCUAUUUCCUGGAGCCAGUGCGAGACAUUGACUCCGAUUAAGCAACGUACACGAGUUGGGGUCGACAGAGUGGUGAUGGAGAGCACCCCGUCGAGGGGUGGACUGAACCGAGCACACCUACAAUGCAGGAAUCUGCAGGAGUUCCUUGGGGGCCUGAGCCCUGGGGUACUGGACCGACUCUACGGGCACCCUGCCACCUGUCUGGCUGUCUUCAGGGAGCUCCCGUCGUUGGCUAAGAACUGGGUGAUGCGGAUGCUCUUUCUGGAGCAGCCUUUGCCACAAGCUGCUGUGGCCCUGUGGGUGAAGAAGGAAUUCAGCAAAGCUCAGGAGGAAAGUACAGGGCUGCUGAGCGGCCUCCGGAUCUGGCACACGCAGCUGCUUCCUGGUGGUCUCCAGGGCCUCAUCCUCAACCCCGUCUUCCGCCAGAACCUCCGCACUGCGCUUCUGGGUGGGGGCAAGGCCUGGUCUGAUGACACAAGUCAGCUGGGACCAGACAAGCAUGCCCGGGAUGUCCCCUCACUGGAUAAGUACGCCGAGGAGCGAUGGGAGGUGGUCCUGCACUUCAUGGUGGGCUCCCCCAGUGCAGCCGUCAGCCAGGACUUGGCUCAGCUCCUCAGCCAGGCGGGGCUUAUGAAGAGUGCUGAGCCUGGAGAGCCGCCCUGCAUCACCUCUGCUGGCUUCCAGUUCCUGUUGCUGGACACCCCCGCCCAGCUCUGGUACUUCAUGCUGCAGUACCUGCAGACGGCCCAGAGUCGGGGCAUGGACCUAGUGGAGAUCCUCUCCUUCCUCUUCCAGCUCAGCUUCUCUACUCUGGGCAAGGAUUACUCUGUGGAAGGUAUGAGUGAUUCUCUGUUGAACUUCCUGCAGCAUCUGCGUGAGUUUGGGCUUGUUUUCCAGAGGAAGAGGAAGUCUCGGCGGUACUACCCCACGCGCCUGGCCAUCAAUCUCUCAUCGGGUGUUUCUGGGGCGGGGGGCACUGCACAUCAGCCAGGCUUCAUUGUCGUGGAAACCAAUUACCGGCUGUACGCCUACACAGAGUCGGAGCUGCAGAUCGCCCUCAUUGCCCUCUUCUCUGAGAUGCUCUAUCGCUUCCCCAGCAUGGUGGUGGCGCAGGUCACCCGGGAGAGCGUGCAGCAGGCCAUCGCCAGCGGCAUUACAGCCCAGCAGAUCAUCCAUUUCCUAAGGACAAGGGCCCACCCAGUGAUGCUUAAACAGACACCUGUGCUGCCGCCCACCAUCACAGACCAGAUUCGGCUGUGGGAGCUGGAAAGGGACAGACUCCGCUUCACCGAGGGCGUCCUGUAUAACCAGUUCCUGUCGCAAGUGGACUUUGAGCUGCUGCUGGCCCACGCACGGGAGCUGGGCGUGCUGGUGUUCGAGAACGCGGCCAAGCGGCUCAUGGUGGUGACGCCUGCGGGGCACGGCGACGUGAAGCGCUUCUGGAAGCGGCAGAAGCACAGCUCCUGACGAGUAAGGCGGGACCAGGGGUGUGACCCGCCGCGCGCCCUGUCCUCAGUGCCUGCCCAAGCCCUGCUGAUGCCGCACCUGCCUCGGGCCUCUUUCCGGCCCUGGGGGCUGAGGCCCUCACGGGGCCUCCCCGGGUCCCAUGCCCUUUCUACCCAGUCCGAGCCCUACGGGUCCCCCACCUCCCGGAGGAACCGCGAAGCCAAACAGAAACGCCUGCGAGAGAAGCAGGCGGCGCUGGAGGCCGGGCUAGCCGGGAAGAGCAAGGCACCUGCAGAAUCCAGUAAGGCCUGGACUCCUAAAGAAAUAGUGUUGUAUGAACUCCCCACGGAACCCGGCGAAAAGAAAGAUGUCUCCCGGCCCCUGCCUGCUGCCUACAGCCCCCGCUACGUGGAGGCGGCCUGGUACCCUUGGUGGGUGCGAGAGGGCUUCUUCAAACCCGAGUAUCAGACCAGGCUGCCCCAGAGCACGGGGGAGACCUUUUCCAUGUGCAUCCCCCCUCCCAACGUCACCGGGUCCCUGCACGUCGGACACGCACUGACUGUGGCCAUCCAGGAUGCGCUUGUGCGCUGGCACCGGAUGCGCGGGGAUUGUGUGCUGUGGGUCCCUGGCUCAGAUCAUGCAGGGAUUGCUACCCAAGCGGUGGUGGAGAAGCAGCUGUGGAAGGAGCGGGGGCUGAGGAGACACGAGCUGGGCCGGGAAGACUUCCUCCGGGAGGUGUGGAAGUGGAAGGAGGAGAAAGGGGGAGACAUCUGUGGGCAGCUGCGAGCUCUGGGGGCCUCCCUGGACUGGGACCGAGAGUGCUUCACUAUGGACGCAGGCUCCUCAGUGGCUGUGACGGAAGCUUUCGUGCGACUCCACAAGGCAGGGUUGUUGUACCGCAGCCGGCAGCUUGUCAACUGGUCAUGUGCUUUGAGGUCAGCCAUCUCGGAUGUCGAGGUGGAGAGCCGGUCCCUGCCUGGCCCCACAGAGCUUCGGCUGCCUGGCUGCCCCACCCCUGUGUCUUUCGGCCUCCUGGUCUCUGUGGCCUUCCCCGUGGAUGGAGAGCCUGACGCAGAGGUCGUGGUAGGGACCACGAGACCAGAGACAUUGCCUGGAGACGUGGCAGUGGCUGUUCAUCCCGAUGACGCCCGAUACACACAUCUACAUGGGCGACACCUUCGUCACCCCUUGACAGGGCAGCUUCUCCCGCUCGUCACAGACUCUGCUGUCCAGCCGCACGUGGGCACGGGGGCAGUGAAGGUGACUCCAGCGCACAGCCCUGCUGACGCCGAGCUGGGGGCCCGCCACGGCCUGCGCCCCCUGAGUGUCAUUGCGGAGGAUGGGACCAUGGCCCCCGCCUGUGGGGACUGGCUGCAGGGUCUGCACCGCUUCGUGGCCCGGGAGAAGAUCCUGUCCGCGCUGAGGGAGCGGGGCCUGCUCCGGGGCCUCCAGAGCCACCCCAUGGUGCUGCCCAUUUGCAGCCGCUCGGGGGACGUGGUGGAGUACCUGCUGAAGAGCCAGUGGUUCGUCCGCUGCCGGGAGAUGGCGGCCCGCGCUGCGCAGGCUGUGGAGUCGGGGGCCCUGGAGCUGAGCCCAUCCUUCCACCAGAAGACCUGGCAGCUCUGGUUCUCCCGCACUGAGGACUGGUGCGUCUCCCGGCAGCUGUGGUGGGGCCAUCGGAUUCCAGCCUACCUGCUCGUGGGGGAGCCCGGGAAGGGCCACGGGGAGGACUGCUGGGUGGUCGGGCGGACGGAGGCUGAGGCCAGGGAGGCAGCUGCAGCGCUGACAGGGAGGCCAGGCGCGGAGCUGACCCUGGAGCGAGACCCCGAUGUCCUGGACACGUGGUUCUCUUCAGCUCUUUUCCCCUUUUCUUCCCUGGGCUGGCCCCAGCAGACCCCAGACCUCACUCGCUUCUACCCCCUGUCACUUCUGGAGACCGGCAGUGACCUCCUGCUGUUCUGGGUGGGCCGCAUGGUCAUGCUGGGGACCCAGCUCACGGGGCAGCUCCCCUUCAGCAAGGUGCUUCUGCACUCCAUGGUUCGGGACAGGCAGGGCCGGAAGAUGAGCAAGUCCCUGGGGAACGUGCUGGACCCACGGGACAUCAUCCGAGGGGCGGAGCUGCAGGUGCUGCAGGAGAAGCUGAGGGAUGGGAACUUGGACCCCACAGAGCUGGCGAUUGCAGCUGCAGCGCAGAGAAAGGACUUCCCUCAUGGGAUCCCCGAGUGUGGGACAGACGCCCUGCGCUUCGCCCUGUGCUCCCAUGGGGCCCUGGCGGGGGACCUGCACCUGUCUGUCUCUGAGGUCCUGAGCUCCCGACAUUUCUGCAACAAGGUCUGGAACGCCCUGCGCUUUAUCUUCAGCGCCCUAGGGGAGAACUUCACGCCGCAGCCUGCAGAGGAGCUGUGCCCCGCGUCCCCCAUGGACGCCUGGAUCCUGAGCCGCCUGGCCCGCACCGCCCGGGAGUGCGAGCGAGGCUUCCUCACCCGGGAGCUGCCCCUUGCCACCCAUGCCCUGCACCACUUCUGGCUCCACAGCCUCUGUGAUGUCUACUUGGAGGCCGUGAAGCCGGGGCUGUCGCACGGCCCCCGCCCGCCUGGGCCGCCUCAGGUGCUAUUCUGCUGUGCGGACGUCGGUCUCCGCCUGAUGGCCCCGUUCAUGCCCUUCCUGGCCGAGGAGCUCUGGCAGAGGCUGCCCCCCGGGCCGGGUGGCCCCCGCGCCCCCAGCAUCUCUGUUGCCCCCUAUCCCAGUGCCCAAAGCCUGGAGCGCUGGCACCGCCCCGAGCUGGAGCGGCGCUUUUCCCGGGUCCAGGAGGCCGUGCUGGGGCUGAGGGCUCUCCGGGCCUUCCUGGAGCCGCUGGGCACCCUGGGCCGCUGCGGGGCUGUGGGCCUCUUGCCUGCAGGUGCAGCCGCUCCCUCCGGCUGGGCCCAGGCCCCGCUCAGUGACAGCGUUCAGGUCUACAUGGAGCUGCAGGGCCUGGUGGACCCGCAGGCCCAUCUGCCUCUGCUGGCUGCCCGAAGGCACAAGUUGCAGAAGCAGCUGGACGGCCUUAUGGCCCGGACCCCGUCAGAGGGGGAGGCCGAGGCUCGGCGGCAGCAGAGGCUUUCUUCCCUCCACCUGGAAUUGUCGAAACUCGACCAGGCGGCCUCUCACCUCAGGCAGCUGAUGGCUGCGUCUCCCAGCCCCAGGGAACCCUGAGCCCUCGCACCUGGCGCUUCUCCGCCCGCCAGACCUGCCUGUGAGGACAGACUGAUCCCGCAGCUGCCGGCAAGGGGGCCUCGGAAUCCAUGUGGUGCCCCUCGCUCCCGGGAGCAGACCAGCAUGGCCACUCGAUGCUCACACUCCUGCCGCUGCCCCUGUGCAGCCCCACCUGGAAGCUUGGGCAUGAGGAAGGCAGAUAAACUUAGUCUCAAACGCG